AUGAUUAUACCGAAGACUGAGGUUUCGUCGGCUCUUGUAACGGCCGCGAUGUUCCUGUUUGGCGUGACGUCAGCCAGAGAUGUAGACCUCGGCUUGUGUUCGGUAGAGAGGGAAAGUUGUCCGUGUGGCACAACCGGGAUAAACUUCAUCAUCACUUACAAGGCAUGCUCUGCGUUCUACAAAUGGGAGCACUACUGCCGCCCGUGUGACGGCGUCAAGCACGACCAGGUGUGUGAGAAGUACCGGCACUGCGCAGAGUGCCGUGACGUCACGUACGGUCAGAACGACGGUUGCGCCAGGUGUCCACCUGGAACAUACGGCACGUUCUGCACCUCAUACUGUCAGUGCCAGAACGGCGGUGUGUGUAACCAGGACGGCAGCUGUCAGUGUCCGGCGGGGUUCCGGGGAACGUACUGCGAACAGGCGAUCGAUAUCCUAGUGGACGGCAGCUGGUCUGGCUGGAGCCCGUGGUCUGCCUGUAGCGUGACGUGUGGGUCCGGAACACAGACCCGAAAACGGACCUGCACCGACCCGGCACCGGCUAACGGCGGGGCAACGUGUGAGGGACCCGCGCGGGACACCCAGGACUGUCAUACCGGGACGGGUUGCCCAGUUGACGGUUCGUGGUCGGAUUGGAGCCUGUGGUCCGCCUGUAACGUCACGUGUGGUAUCGGCAUCCGCUCCCGGGUACGUGUGUGUGACAAGCCGGCACCAGCGAACGGAGGGCAGGAUUGUACAGGGGAAGACAAGGAGAAUCAGACAUGCGACACUGGACAACCCUGUAAAGAAAUAUUUGGGAAGUUAGGCGAGGCCCUGUCAGGAGAUAUUGUCCCAACGAUAUUGAUCGGUUUGCUUGUCUUUGUCGUCCUUUUUGUGCCCUGGUGUCUGAACAGGACCAUAAAGGCCAUAGCGGCAGUCUUGCCGUUUUCAUCGCCAAAGAAGCUGUUCAUCGUCCACGGAGGGGAAGACAAGUACUCUCUAGUGGAGCCGCUUGUGCAGGAAAUAGUAGACCAAGGCUUCCCCAAGGCACACGUGUUCUAUGAUAAGUGGUCUAUAGGGUACGCACAGGGUAUCAAAGAAGCUAUCUCCUCAGCAAUCCAGGAUAGCUCCUGUAAGCUAGCUGUGAUUGUGAUCAGCGAAGACAUGGUGAAGAAAUACUGGCCUAGGAGAGAGUUUGAGGAAUUCUUGAGGCAAGACAAGGCGUUCUUCCCCAUCUUCUACGGCGUGUCCCCCGCGGAGGUUCGCCAGCGUUACUCGCCAACAUUGGCUGAUAAACGGGGAGUGGAGGUGCCCAGAACAGGGGAGAGGGUGGAUGACAUGUGGAUAGCAGCCACUGCGGGUAUGAUACGUAAGACUCUGGAGGGCACACUCUAGGGACCUAACUUAGUAAUGUCAACAGAGGGUCCAUUGCAAUAACGUGCCAAUCCGACCAAGACCCAUUAUCAAACUUCACUUCCUUUUCCUUAACCCUACCCAUCUACUAAAUUUCAUCACCAUCCAGUACAGAAAGAUUCAUAGCGCAAUUUUAUGUGGCAAAAUAUUACCUAGUAAGUAUUUUACAGCCCAAAACAUUUAAGAGGUUUGUUUGUUAACUCCAGUAGAAGCUAAGAGAUUUCUUAUGACCUGUGCUUCCAAAGAAA